UGAGAAAAUGGGGCGACAGCGGAGCUGGGGUGUGCGUGUGUGUGCGUGUGUAGAUCAGGAGGCGUUUGGCUUGGAGCCAUUUUUUUCUUCCUAAUUGUGGAGACAGAAAAUCCCUCAAAACGGCUUCCCCGGGGAGACGGGGCUGUGCUCCCCCUGGCCGCCGCACCGUCGGCAUGGAGCGGCUUUCCCUCCCCGCUCUGCCCACCUCCCGUCCGCGGUCCAGUCUCCCUCCCUCCUUCCCCUUCCUGCCCGCCCCACCUUCAGUGAAGCCCGGGGAGCGAGCGGGGAGUCUGCAAAGCGCCCGGUCACCUGUCGUGGCAGCUGCAUGGAAAUCCCGGCGCUUCUGCUGUCUGGAGUCUGCUGUUUGCUUUGACAAAUCCCGGAGAUUCCGCUCCCAGCACCAACCCUUCCUCCCUCCCUGUGCCUCCGAACCCAGUGCAUCAGGCCGAUGCAAAGUUUGACCCGCUUGGGGCAAUUAGCAGGGAGUUGUCUUCCGUCACGACACCACUUCAAGGUUGGGAAGAUUUGUAAGACUCCAGGGCCUUCAAGCCGUGAUAAUCUGAUGGUUCCUGAAAUAACUGGUAAAACCAAACUUCCAAGUGCCAGUUGAAGAGUAUGUCUACGUAUAUUUAAAACCUCUCUGUACACACAUUUACACGAGAAGACAGGCUUAUUCUUGUGCACAUUUGAGAGUUUUACAACUGAUGAAAAUUAAUUUAAGAAUCAGAUGGAGCAACUUGACACCGCUGGGCUCAGGAGCCCAGGGAGGAACACACAUCACUAAUGGCCAAUUCUCCAUAUGGUCUUCACGGGUAAAGAAAGUUUGUAAGAAGAAGAAAAAAAAAUUGCACAGGUUAAGACUCCAAAAUACCUCUCCAGUUUAAAGAAGGAACUAAGUGAGAAGGUGACCAAGGGAAAAGUAAGAAUUCAAAUCCUGCAGAUGGGAUCAUGCAGCAUUUUCUGUACUUCAUUUUUUAUUGGAUUUGGUAAUUUGAACAGACUUUAAAAUUCUGGACUGAAAAGUAACUUUGUGGUUGUGGCUAGAGGAGAGCAAGUUCAGUGUGAUGAGACAAGUCUGAACAAUGAACUGAUUCCUUUGCCUUUUUUAGUUAACUACAUUGAGGAAUUUUAAUUUAUUAUUUCCCUUUACCUUUUCUGUAUCUAUAGGAUAAUAUCUUAAAAUAGCAAUUGGAACGAAUAAUUAUAAAUUAAAUAUCCAGGAAAACCCAAAAAAACUUCCUUUUCCUUGGACUAAAGGUGUGGAAACAGGCUCUGAAUGUGAAUAGGAAGGUGCCCAUCUGCAAGGCACGGUGACCAGGAAGUGGUGUGGUGCUGGGAAUGCCAGGCUGGCUGGGGGUGUGCUUUGAGGGACUGCCCUGUUGAAUCUAAGAAGACUUGCGUAUGAGGGAAGAUUACUUGAUGGACUUAAUUCUGACAUCAGUUUUUUUCAUAAAGAUGGAAAAACAAGUGAUCUUCAGGAGCAGAAAAAGAGAGAAGUAAGGAGGAACUGGAAAGGAAUCCAAUGAUAAAAGCAAAACCCUGCAGCGUGACUCUGCUUUGUCAGCAAGAGGAAUUAGUACUCACACAAAGCAAACACUCGGUCCUCUUUGAUAGCUUUAGGCCCUGACUCUACCAAGGGAAGGGGCUUGUUUUCCAGCCUCUAUGGCACUGAGGGGGGUGCAGGCCGGCGGAGGAGUUGUCCUAAGAGCCCUGCGUUCCUCAGGGACACGGGGCCCAGCUUUGCAGUGGGAAGUGUCUGGUUUUGAACAGCGGGGAAAAGAGUGAUUUUCUUCCUAAAAUUUGGACUGCUGUCUGCACAAAAUCUGGUCUGUUUUGCACGGUUUGUGUGCCUUUUUUUCCCUUUAUGCAAUCUUUUUCAGCUUUAGCAGCAGAAAUUUGUCUAGUUUGGAAAACAUGCCAGAGGGUGGCUUCAGAAGGAAGAUGAUCCUGUAUGGUCUGUCACUGCAUCUGAACUUUUGAAAGAAAUAGAAAAUUCCAGCUAGAGGGAUUCUUAAAGCCUUAAGUUACUUGAAAUCUAUGUAUUUGCAACCCUUUGUCUCUGGAAUCACAUUACACAAAACUGGAAUCUCAGGCUGAACAAGAAUAACCAAGUUGAGUAAAAAAGAAGAAAACUCUUGUUUCUCGAUCACCACUUAUUAAUGAUGCUCUUUCUCCAAAGGAUCAGCGUGUUCUUCCUCUAAGGACUUGAAAAUAAAAAUGGACCCCAUGUUUUUUUAGGCAUUACCUUUUCUUAGCAGACUGCCAUCAUCUUUUAUAGAGGAGUUUUUCACUAUGCAUUUGGUGGAUCUUUAUAAAAUACUGACCUUCUAAUUAGCUCCAGGUCAGUCUUCAAGGGAGAAAAAAGGUAACGCAAACCAAUCACAAAAGUAAAAUAAACCAAUGCAAGAAAUUGGUUUAAGAUUUCCAUCAUCAAGCAUUACUUUUUAAGUAAAACAAUUUGUUGAAAAAAGUAUGUAUGCAGCGGUGGAACAUGGACCUGUGCUUUGUAGCGACUCCAACAUCCUCUGUCUGUCCUGGAAGGGGCGCGUCCCCAAGAGUGAGAAGGAGAAGCCUGUAUGCAGAAGGCGCUACUACGAGGAAGGCUGGCUGGCCACGGGCAAUGGGCGUGGUGUGGUGGGCGUGACUUUUACUUCCAGCCACUGCCGCAGGGACAGGAGCACUCCCCAGAGGAUAAACUUCAACUUGCGGGGCCACAAUAGUGAGGUGGUGCUGGUGAGGUGGAAUGAGCCGUACCAGAAGCUGGCCACGUGUGACGCAGACGGAGGAAUAUUUGUGUGGAUUCAGUACGAAGGCAGGUGGUCUGUGGAACUGGUCAACGACCGAGGGGCUCAGGUGAGUGAUUUCACAUGGAGCCACGAUGGGACUCAAGCACUUAUUUCAUAUCGAGACGGGUUUGUCCUGGUUGGUUCUGUCAGUGGACAAAGACACUGGUCAUCUGAGAUCAACUUGGAAAGUCAAAUCACAUGCGGCAUAUGGACUCCUGAUGACCAACAGGUGCUGUUUGGCACGGCUGACGGGCAGGUGAUUGUCAUGGACUGCCAUGGCAGGAUGCUGGCCCAUGUCCUCCUGCAUGAGUCUGACGGCAUCCUCAGCAUGUCCUGGAACUACCCCAUCUUCCUGGUGGAAGAUAGCAGCGAGAGUGAUACGGACUCAGACGACUACUCCCCUCCCCAAGAUGGUCCUGCAGCGUACCCCAUCCCAGUGCAGAACAUCAAGCCUCUGCUCACCGUCAGCUUCACCUCAGGAGACAUCAGCUUAAUGAACAACUACGAUGACUUGUCUCCCACUGUCAUCCGCUCAGGGCUGAAAGAGGUGGUAGCCCAGUGGUGUACGCAGGGAGACUUGCUGGCAGUUGCUGGGAUGGAGCGGCAGGCCCAACUCAGCGAGCUCCCCAACGGUCCCCUUCUGAAGAGUGCCAUGGUCAAGUUCUACAAUGUUCGAGGGGAGCACAUCUUCACGCUGGACACGCUUGUGCAGCGUCCCAUCAUCUCCAUCUGCUGGGGCCACAGGGACUCGCGGCUGCUCAUGGCCUCAGGACCAGCCCUAUACGUGGUUCGUGUGGAACACCGGGUGUCCAGCCUACAGCUGCUGUGCCAGCAGGCCAUCGCCAGCACCCUGCGAGAGGACAAGGAUGUCAGCAAGCUGACCCUGCCCCCACGCCUCUGCUCCUACCUCUCCACCGCCUUCAUCCCCACCAUCAAGCCCCCAAUUCCAGACCCCAACAACAUGCGAGACUUUGUCAGCUACCCCUCAGCGGGCAACGAGCGGCUGCACUGCACCAUGAAGCGCACGGAGGACGACCCGGAGGUGGGCGGCCCCUGCUACACACUCUACCUGGAGUACCUGGGUGGGCUCGUGCCCAUCCUGAAGGGGCGGCGCAUCAGCAAGCUGAGGCCAGAGUUCGUCAUCAUGGACCCAAGGACAGACAGCAAGACAGAUGAGAUCUAUGGAAACAGCUUGAUUUCUACUGUGAUUGACAGCUGCAACUGCUCAGACUCAAGUGACAUUGAACUGAGUGACGACUGGGCUGCCAAGAAAUCUCCCAAAAUUUCCAGAGCUAGCAAGUCACCCAAACUUCCAAGGAUCAGCAUUGAGGCCCGCAAGUCUCCCAAGUUGCCCCGGGCUGCUCAGGAGAUCUCCCGAUCUCCCCGGUUGCCUAUGCGCAAGCCUUCCAUCGGCUCACCCAGCCUGACUCGGAGAGAGUUUCCUUUUGAAGACAUUACUCAGCACAACUAUCUUGCUCAGGUCACGUCCAAUAUCUGGGGAACCAAAUUCAAGAUCGUGGGCUUGGCUGCUUUCCUGCCAACCAACCUCGGUGCAGUGAUCUAUAAAACCAGCCUGCUGCAUCUGCAGCCACGGCAGAUGACCAUCUAUCUCCCAGAAGUUCGGAAGAUUUCCAUGGACUAUAUUAACUUACCUGUCUUCAACCCAAAUGUUUUCAGUGAAGACGAAGAUGAUUUACCAGUGACAGGAGCAUCUGGUGUCCCUGAGAACAACCCACCUUGUACCGUGAACAUCCCUAUUGCACCAAUUCACAGCUCAGCUCAAGCUAUGUCCCCCACACAGAGCAUCGGGCUGGUGCAGUCUCUGCUGGCCAAUCAGAAUGUGCAGCUGGACAUCCUGACCAAUCAAACGACAGUGGUGGGGGCAGCAGAACAUGCAGGUGACAGUGCCACCCAGUACCCAGUCUCCAACCGGUACUCCAGCCCUGGACAGGUGAUUUUUGGAGGUGUGGAAAUGGGCCGCAUCAUUCAGAACCCUCCUCAGUUGCCCUUACCGCCACCGCCGCCACCGCCACAGGGGACCAUGCAGCUGUCCGUGGUGGACCAUGGAGACCGAGACCAUGAGCACCUACAGAAGUCUGCCAAGACCCUGCGGCCAGUGCCUCAGUUGGCAGCAGAGGGGGAUACAGUAGUCUUCAGUGCCCCCCAGGAGAUCCAGGUGACGAAGAUGAACCCCCCGCCCCCCUACCCAGGAACCAUCCCUGCUGCCCCCACCACAGCGGCACCCCCGCCCCCUCUGCCACCUCAGGCCCCCGUAGACGUGUGCUUGAAGAAGGGAGACUUCUCCCUCUACCCCACGUCAGCGCACUACCAGCCCCCGCUGGGCUACGAGAGGAUCACCACCUUCGACAGCAGCGGCAACGUGGAGGAGGUGUGCCGGCCUCGCACGCGGAUGCUCUGCUCCCAGAACACCUACACCCUCCCUGGCCCAGGCAGCUCAGCCACCCUGAGGCUCACUGCCACGGAGAAGAAGGUCUCCCAGCCCUGCACCAGUGCCACCCUGAACCGCCUGACAGUCCCUCGCUAUUCCAUCCCCACAGGGGACCCACCCCCAUAUCCUGAAAUUGCUAGCCAGCUGGCCCAGGGGCGGGGUGCUGCCCAGAGACUGGACAGCAGCCUCAUCCACGCCACCCUGCGGAGGAACAACCGCGAGGUUGCGCUCAAGAUGGCCCAGCUGGCUGACAGCUCCCGGGCCCCACUGCAGCCCCUGGCCAAGCCCAAGGGCGGCCUUGGGGGAGCCGUGGCACAGCUGCCCGCGCGGCCCCCACCAGCUCUCUACACCUGCAGCCAGUGCAGUGGCGCAGGGCCCAGCUCCCAGCCAGGCACCAUUCUGGCCCACGCUGUCAGCACCUCCCCAUUGGCCUCCCAGUCCUCCUACAGUCUCCUGAGCCCACCUGACAGUGCCCGAGACCGCACUGACUACGUGAACUCAGCCUUCACGGAGGACGAGGCCCUGUCCCAGCACUGUCAGCUUGAGAAGGCCCCAAGGCACCCCCCGCUGCCCGAAGCUGCUGUCACUGUGAAGCGGCCUCCCCCUUACCAGUGGGACCCUGUGCUGGGUGAGGAUGUUUGGGUCCCCCAGGAAAGGACAGCACAGACUACAGUGCCCAACCCCUUAAAACUGCCCCCUCUGAUGCUAGGGCAGGGCCAGCACCUGGACGUGACCCGAGUGCCCUUCGUCUCCCCCAAGUCUCCCGCCAGCCCCACUGCCACUUUCCAGACAGGCUAUGGGAUGGGAGUUCCAUAUCCAGGAAGCUAUAACAACCCCCCUUUGCCCGGAGUGCAGGCUCCCUGCUCCCCAAAAGAUGCCCUGACCCCAACGCCAUUUGCACAACAGGAGUCCGCCGUUGUCCUGCAGCCAGCGCACCCACCCAGCCUCUCCUACUGCACCUUGCCCCCCAUGUACCCAGGAAGCAGCACGUGCUCCAGUUUACAGCUGCCACCCAUCGCCUUGCACCCGUGGAGUUCCUACAGCGCCUGCCCACCCAUGCAGAACCCCCAGGGCACUCUCCCCCCAAAGCCCCACGUGGUGGUGGAGAAGCCCCUUGUGUCCCCACCACCGCCUGACCUCCAAAGCCACAUGGGCACAGAGGUGAUGGUAGAGACUGCAGACAACUUCCAAGAAGUCCUCUCCCUGACAGAAAGCCCUGUCCCCCAGCGAACUGAAAAAUUUGGAAAGAAGAACCGGAAGCGACUGGACAGCCGAGCAGAGGAAGGAAGUGUUCAGGCCAUCACUGAAGGCAAAGUGAAAAAGGAGGCUAGGACUUUGAGUGACUUUAAUUCACUCAUCUCCAGUCCUCGCUUGGGGAGAGAGAAGAAGAAAGUGAAGAGUCAGAAAGACCAACUGAAGUCAAAGAAGUUGAACAAAACCAACGAGUUCCAGGACAGCUCAGAGAGUGAGCCCGAGCUGUUCAUCAGCGGGGACGAGCUGAUGAACCAAAGCCAGGGCAGCAAGAAGGGGUGGAAAAGCAAGAGGAGUCUGCGCACGGCCAGUGAACUGGAGGAGUUCAAGUGCCGCAAGGCCAGUGAGAAGGAGGACGGGCGUCUGGGCAGCCAGGGGUUUGUGUAUGUGAUGGCCAACAAGCAGCCUUUGUGGAACGAGGCUACACAGGUGUACCAGCUGGACUUUGGAGGGCGGGUGACCCAGGAGUCAGCCAAGAACUUCCAGAUCGAGUUGGAGGGGCGGCAGGUGAUGCAGUUUGGACGGAUCGACGGCAACGCAUACAUUCUGGACUUCCAGUACCCCUUCUCAGCUGUGCAGGCCUUUGCAGUUGCCCUGGCCAACGUGACUCAGCGCCUCAAAUGAAGAGACUGGUGUGAAGAGAAGCCACCAAGGAGCCUUGGGAGAACCCCGUACUGCUGGUGCCAGAAAGACCAGAGAUGACAGCGGAGCUGGAAGAGCCUCAGGCCUGGAGGGGCACUAACCCAGGCGUUGUGCAUAUGUGGUUGUCCUUUACUGUCUUUCUUUUCUUCUUUCAGUAGUGUGGCAUUUGGAAGCAAAGGGGGCAAGGUGCCUGGUGUUCUUUCAGGAAGGAUAGCCUGGCUGUCGAAUGUUCUACUGGGUUUGCUUCUCAGCAACUGAGACAGGGCCUUGGAGAGAAGACAGACCACCUGCUAGCCUACCGUUCUUUUAGACAUAGGGAGUAUGUGUUAGUGUUCAUUCUCCACAAUUCCUGGCCUUUACUCCUCCAACAUUACCACUAGUGCAAAACAAAAACUUUUUUAAAAAACAUAACCAAAAAAUCCUGAAGAUUCAGGUUCUCUUGCGGGAAGGAGGACAGCUUUUAAUUUAUUUGUAUUGUGCUAAAAGAUGACUUGAGGAAUAAAGGGUAUUGGGUAAAUGAACUCGUUUGACUAGUGAAAGUAGGCUCUGUAGAGGGGUGCUGUUACUUCGCAACUGCAAUCUGGCCAUCAGUGGUAUCAGGGAAGGCACACUGGGUGAGGAAGGAGCUGCACGUGAGACAGACCCACAGUGUUCUGCAGACACCUGGGUGACUGAGGGGUGUGGCUUGUGCAAGGGCUAAGCUCCUCUUCCAAGGAUGUUUACGUCGGGAGACUCCACUAGUUUCAUCCUAUGUCAGAGUUCCACAGGACCAAUGAGGAUCACUCAGUGAAGCUGACUUCAGGAGAAGGUAGGAGACAGCAGGGGAAAGAUCCCGGCCCGGUGGGGCUAGGAAUUUUUCCAGACCGAGUUGUGGUCAGCCACUAGAUCCACUUCCGGAGAAGCAGUCUUUGAUCUCCCUUCGCCUUUUGUUUUUGAACCUGGAACCCUUUACCGUAAACAUGACCUUUCCCUUCUGAUAUCAUUGCUCUGUCCUUUCUCUUCCUAAAACUGUGGACAACACUUGAUUUGAAACCACUCCUUUCCUCCUCUUGGAUACGUUAAAAUUCAAUUGAUUAGAAAUGUUUCCAUCGAAAUAGAAAUUGUAAACAAAAAUAUUUUAAGCAUUGGCCAUUGUUUUAAAAGAUAGGAGCAUGGUCAAAUCUUUGACAAAAGUUACAGGAUCUUCUCUAAAGAAACAAAAAGCUAUUUAACUCUGUAGACUGUUUACUAAGGUGAUAAACCACUGGGAAAAUAUUGUUAAAAAUAUCAAUUAUACUUACAGCAGUGGGUUGUCUACUGUUUGUUAAUAGAAAAAAAAAUCCAUCUCGAGUUUCUUUGCCCAUCUCUCCCCCUUGGGAAGUAUCCCCAUCUAUCACAAGAUCUGGUUCAUUUUUUGGUGGUUGUUUGGUAUUCGUACCUGUGAUGAUGUUUAGGGCCAAAGUACAAGAAUGAUCUAUUGACUUUUAACUCCUAAAUAUGGAUUUUAUUUAAAAAUGGAAUUAUGGAUUACAGAAAAAAUAGAAGAUGCUACAGAAAAGUACCUUCAAAUUUUAAAGUUUUUCUUUUUUAAUUUCCUGUUUGAUUUAAAAAUUAGAAAAGAAACUGACCUAUUCCUUUUGUAGAGUAAGGUCACAUCACUUACCACUCUUAAGUCCAAAGAAAUGCCGACAAGGUUUUUAAUGAGAGGGACGUCUCCCAGGUAAUAUUGGAAUUUCCCAUGUUAUAGUUUAAAAUAUUAGACCCAAUUCUUUGAUGGGUAAAUUCUCCAAAUUUAGCAAUGUAUUUAGAAUUGUCUAAUUCUUUUAUAUGAGUUUCUGUAGCUUGAUAUGGUGUUUCAGUGCUUCUUAUUAUUUGUGCAAUAAUUGUCAUCACCUGUUUUGGAAAUAAUUUAAAUACAAUUUCCCUGUUUUGUUGUCCAAGAGAUGAUUAUUUAUCUUGCUUUUCAUAGUAUUCCUAGGAAUUAUUUUGUUACUAUGUAUUGGUGAGUUAUGCCCAUUUUAUUAUUUAUUUAGAAAAAUAGUAUCUUUGUAACGAUUUAUUUGGUAGUAGUAUAUUUUACUGCAAGAAAUAAAAAGGAUAUGAUAGAAGAUGUUUUUUCUGGGUAAUUUGUAACUUUCUAAUUGGGAAGAAUUCCUAUUAAUCCUCUAAAGUGAUCCUUUUUAAAAAAUUCUAUGGUAUCGAUUAUAUAUGAGAAUAUUUCCUUGAGAUAAUAUUCCCUAAUUCCCCUUAUUUUUAAGUUUUUAAAUUUUUAAUUCAUAAUAAAGGAUCACAGGAAAUGAGGAGGGGAGACCCAUUAGUGAAAUUCUUGAGAAAUAAGUUUUAGUUCUUUUAGUUCUGCUUGGUCUUUGAGAUACAAGGAUCACAGAAGGGUACAUUUUAGGACUUUUCUUACCAAGAACAAAUAGAGGUGAAAUGUCUCCCUGAAAGCCAUUUUCCCCACAGGAGCCAGAGACGGGGUGCGCCAGCGAGUCUGCAGGGGCGUGAGGGGCGUGUCUUCUGCCCAUGAGGCGGGAGCUGCUGGCUGUGGCCGUGGUGAGACGGUGGUAUCAGAGUUCGUCUUGGAGGUUAAAUGCUACCAAUAUUAAGAACUUAAGCAGCAGACCUGCAGGUACUCUGUGCUUAUUAGUAGCAGUUUAUGAAUGUCAAGAUACCUUAUUAGCUCUCCAAAUUUAAAAAUGUUCAUGAAAUACAACUAUGUAAAGACUUUUUGAAGGAAGCUGUAUAUUAAUGAACAUAAAAACCAAUUUUAAAUUUGUUUAGCGUUUAACCUCAUCGAACCAAAGGCUGUGGAUGUGUGUACAAAAUACCUACUGAAUGUUUAACCUGAGAAAAAUUGGGACCAAAGAGGGAGGAAGCCCUGGCAGCGCCGAGGGCACUGUAAAUCAAAGGCUUUUUGCUGGUUGGUAUUUUUCAUCUCCAGCCCUUGCAGCCCAGUCAGGUGUCCAUGAAGACAUGCAGAACCGGAGGUCUAAGGUUCAUUCUGAAAUCAGAGCAGGUCAGGAGGCCCCAGGGUCAAGCCUGCUCUAUCCUAAGGCUAGAUGGUGACUUUGGGCAAGUCUGGGGCUGCCAGGCCUCCCCUUGUCCAUCUGUGAAAUGAAAGGGACGCCUGGACUGUCGUCUGCUCCUCCCGCAGCUGGAGCGCUCAGAACUGAGCAGCUUCAUCUUCCCACUUCACAGGCGUGGAAAGUGUGUUUCAAAACAUUGCCUUUCUGUGGAGAAGUGUUUUCCUUUCCUGAGUCUGCGAGCUGUCUGCUGAAUAUAAACUAGUGCAUUUAACAGAAUAUCUUUAGAAAGUUCACCUCUAAAUAUGUUACAAAGCAUACUUGUUCUCAUAAAAUUACACAGAGGCACUGAUUCCAGGCAAGAGGGAGGAGUCCCCUGACCGUGCCCUACGCAGUGGGUGCCCUUGAACACAGCCCUAAGAUAAGUCACCACUUCCCCCGUCCCUGACCUAGAGUGUGUUCCGGAAGGAGAGCGGAGUAGGAAUCUAGGCUGUUCACACCCGUUAGUGGGCUUCUAUGCUCCCAGCACUGUACCACCUUCUAGUUCAGAGGGUUCCUCCAAAAGGGAUUUAUGAAAAAGGAACCCACAUUGUCCCUGAGGGGGCUGCAGAUCAUGUGACCAGGUUGACAGUUGUGGACAAAGUUAGCCAAGACAAAACUCGUCAGAAAUGUCGUUUGAGUCCUGGGAGUUUGUACGAACUCACAACUCAGAACUUGGCGCCAUUUGUGCAUCUUCUUAUCUCAAUAAACUCUGAAAGGUUGUGGCUUAUUUUGUUUCACUUUCUUUGGCUUUGUGCAAUUUUCUUGUAAUUUUACUCGUACCUAUACUUUCUGUUUACAAGUUCUUUUUAAGGGGAAGGGUAGAAUUCUAAGAUCUCAUUUACUGUAGAUAAGAAUUUUUUUUCGUGUUGUAAAAAAGCAUGGGUUAUGCGUUUGAGUGAAAAAGGCACUGUAUUAUUUACCAAAGGGGUAUUGUUUUUGCAUUUGUUUAUAAAUGCAUUAUUUUGGUACUGUAAAUUUGAACAUCACUUCUGAGUUUAUUACUACUGGCAUUUUCUCUGUCUUCCUCCCCCUACCCUGUAAGUGUGUGAUGAGGCACACAGGUCCCGACCUCACAAGACCACCAGCAUGCUCUCCUCAGACCUCGGGAAGGACGGGCCCGGCUCUGCGCACCUCUGUUCCUCUAGUGUUGGUUUGUUUUUAUUUCAGCAUCCAGCUUUGUUUUGCUUUCCAGACAAGAUCUAUUGAGUUUCCUGAUUGCAUUUCAACAGGCUCUCCUUAUUCACCUCUCUACGUAUGUAUUUUGUGUAUUAGAUUGUGCAGGAGGUAUUCUAGAAGGCAUUAAUGGUUUGCAUUCAAAAUGAUGUGGUUUGUCCAAAUUAUUUUCUGCCUUUAUUACUGAGAUGAAUUAAUCUCCUUAUUUUUUUUUCUUGAUGAUUUGAGAUUGUAAGAGUUGUCCAGCUAUUGCUUAAUAAAAUUUUGCAUAUCAAAAAAUUA